AUGACUGCUUACCACGACAAGUCCAAGCACCAAAGAAAAACCGAACCCGCCUGGCGACCAACAUUCCACCUAACAGCACCCCAUGGCUGGCUAAACGACCCCUGCGGUCCAGGGUACGAUCCGACAACCGAACUCUACCAUUUGUCCUUCCAAUGGAACCCGAAAGAAAACGACUGGGGUAACGUAUCCUGGGGCCACUCCGUCUCCCGGGAUCUCGUCGAGUGGGAGACAUCCCCGGUUCCGUGCCUAACACCGUCAACUCAAUAUGAUCGCUGCGGUGUUUUUACGGGGUGUAUGCGACCUACUGAUGCUCAUGGGAAACCUGGUGCUCUUACAUACUUGUACACGUCUGUGAGACAUUUGCCUAUCCAUUACAGUAUGCCGUAUACUAUUGGCUGCGAGACGCUGAGUAUGGCAAUUUCGCGAGAUGGGGGUAAAACAUGGAAACGCCCAGAUUGCAACCCGAUAUUACCAGGUCCACCGGAAAAUGUGAACGUGACUGGUUGGAGAGAUCCGUAUAUCAGUUCGUGGCCGACAAUGCACACCGGAUCAGACAGUGACCUUUACGGAUUCAUCUCCGGAGGUAUCGCUGCAGAGACCCCGACUGUGUUUGUGUACUCUGUUAACCCCAAGGAUUUGCGUGAAUGGAAGUACAUCGGACCUCUGAUUAAUGUUGGGUUGAAUUUCCGGCCAUCAAGGUGGUCUGGUGAUUUUGGUGUUAAUUGGGAGGUUGCGACGUUGGCGACGUUAUCCGAUGAUAAAGGAACUUCAAGAGAUUUUGUUGUGGUGGGGACAGAGGGGUGCAAGGAGACCGGACACCAGCCAAAGCGAGCGCCGCGAGGACAGCUUUGGAUGUCUGUUAGCCCUCGCUCUGAGCGAAAAAGCACAUCGGACGCCCUCAGAACCUAUGGAUUUGCUGGUAUCUUCGAUCACGGCUGCUUCUACGCUGCGAAUGCAUUCUUCGAUCCUGUUACAGGCAAACAACUCGUUUACGGCUGGAUAAUGGAGGAAGAUCUACCAGAUGCCCUCCGUCAUCCGCAGGGUUGGAGCGGACUUAUUUCUCUUCCAAGAGUUAUGAGUCUGACGACAUUACAGAAUGUGAAGAGGGCGCGUCGAUCCGAGUUGGAAUCGAUUACUUCUAUCGAGACGGAGGAUGCAGGAACCGGGACAUGUACUAUUCGGACAUUGGGUGUACAGCCCGAUCAAAGAAUUGAAAAGCUUCGUGCGAAUGCGAGCAGGAGGCAGAUUAGUGGAUUGAAAUUGAAUCCGGAAGGAUUCACAUUACCAUUGACGACAUCAAAAUGGGAACUGGAUGCUGAGUUUGCCGUUGGAAACCAAUGUACGAGCGUUGGUGUAGAAAUUGAUCAUGACUCAAACUGCACAACACUUACCUGGACCCCAUCAACCGAAACGUUUCAAAUCAACCGGCCCAACCCUAUCCCCGACUUCAAUAUCAACAAUUUCCCCGAAAAAGCUCCCCACACCCUCUUCACCACUUCAGACCCAGAAACCGGCACGGAAAGCGAAGAACCGUUACGCGUACAUGCAUACUUCGAUAUAAGCGUGCUAGAAGUCUUCGUGAACGAGCGGACGGUUAUUUCGACUAGAAUUUAUCCGUUGAGCGAGCAUUGUGCUGGACUGCGAUUCUUCGGAGAUGCAAACACUACCCUCUCACGCGCAGAUUUAUGGGAUGGACUGGGCGCAAUGCAUCAAAGUCGAGUAUCAUGA